AUGAAUGAUCAACGGGCAGAAAUAGACCAGUGUAAAACUUUCAUGACAUUAACCAGCACCCUAGAAAAAAGUGUUGAAAGAUUUGAGAGAAAAAUCCUCCGCACGAUAACCGGAGCGAUCUGUGAUCAGAGUACUGACACAUGGAGAAGAAAGACAAAUAAAGAACUGCUUACAGAAACUGGUCAAUCAAUAUCCCAUGAUAUAGGGGGCUCAGCCAGCGAGGACCAUUGUGCCGGGGGCGGUGGCGCGGGACCGGUCGUGGUCACCGCCGAUAACCGCCCGCCCGCCCCCACACACCUCCCUCUCGAUAAUAUAGAAAUGGCCACUCUGUAUUCCGCUCUUCCACCUUCCUCCCCGCCCGAUUGGUCAUUAGCUCACUUCGCUCUUCCUCCUCGGUCUAGCUGUAGUUUUUUGGAAGGUCAAAUAGUUGCUGUCCGGACUAUAGCCACCCUAUUCUCCAAUCCGACCAUCGUGCCACAAAUUAAUAGACCACCUCCUACAGACCAACCAAUAGCUGAUUGGCUGUUAAUAAACUUACCCACUGGCAUUGGUAAUCUCCGCGCCAUCGCUCCACCGUGGCUAACCCACCAGGACAUACCACCUUCCGACAGGUUUGCAGGCGGUCAGGCAUGGCUCCCGGUCGAUAAAUGCAAGCAAUUGUUUUCAUUAGGUAGCAAUAGAGAUAAGAAGCAUUCAGAGUUCACAGCCAAAGAAAAAUAA